GCACAGAGGAGCUAGCUGAGGCUAGGCUAACUAACGGAGGCUAGGCUAACUAACGGGAGUUUAAACAGACGUUAUUUAGCUUACUGUUAGCAUGAUGCUAACAUCUCAGUCCAACAUGGCGGAAUAACAAACUAAACUGCAGUUAAACUGAAACAUUCAGCGUUUGAUUUGAAGCUCAGUUAACUGGAUUUAGUGGCUGAGAUUUAAUUAAAAGUUUAAGAGUCAGUUCUUACAGAAUAGUUGACCAAGAAACAUGCGAAGUGAUUGGAGAAAUGAUCAUGCUCAGUAGUUUUGUAAUGUUAUCAAUGAGGUGUUAAACUGUCAGAUUUUUAAAUGGAGUUUGGUCUGACUGUCUUGAAUAUGAUGUGUCUUGAGACAUGCUGAAUUGAAGAGUGGAUACUUCUCUUUAUCUCUUUUGUUUUGCAGUGUUAUUUAUGAGGUGUUAACAUUUGACUAGAUAUUAAAAUGCCAGAUAAUUUAAAUCAGUUUGGAAUGGCAUUCAUAAAUAUAAUUGGACAUUAGCAUUGGAGUAUGAAACAUUUUAGGAGUGGAUUCGUUGCAUUCACAACCUCUUUUACAGUAUUACCGACUGUGCUGUAGCUGGGUUCACUUUGCUGGGUUAAAAUGUCAGAUUUCUAAAUGGAGUUUGGUGGGUGAUGUGUGUAUCAUCAUUUCCAUGGCACUGAUGAGGUGGUGAUGUCACUCAGAUAUCUGACGCUUGGGCAGUUACCAUGGAGACAGAUGGCGACAGAAACAAUAAUGUCAGCAGUCCUGAACCUGAACAGUCUGCAGAUCCUGGAUCAGACCUGUUGUUUGGCUCCACCUCCUCCCUUGAUUCACCUGAAACAGGAGCCGCACUAAACCCCGCCCCACCGUCAGCUGACCCCGACCCAUCUGAUCCCUUUGUUGACACCUCAGUGACAUCACAGCUGCUGGCUCCGGCUGUGGCGACAUGUCCCAGUCAGCUGAUCAUCGUGGAGCAGCGAGGAGACACGCUGCCUGCCGAGCGCAUGGUGAUCGUGACGGGCCAAUCAGAGGGCAGAGAGGUGUUUGUCAUCCCGUCCAAUCAGCUGGCGGUGAUCUCCAGUAGCCCAGCAGGUCCUGUUGUAAACAUCCCGGUAACCACGGUAACAGACUCCAGCAGCAGUCGACCUCCCAGAGAGCAGCCGGCAAACGGCAGCAGUCCGGAUGUUUCUGCUGGUAAGAAGCCACGGCUCUCCGGCGUCCCCAGCUGGGCUCUGAGACUCCGUAACGUGCAGAAGUUGGGAGACUCCUUCAGAGGGUUCUGCUGUUCGGAGGCGGAGCUGGAGGCCAUCUUGUUGCUCCAUAAGCAGCAGACUGGAUGUGUCUUUGGGACUCGUCAGUCUCCGUCUGUGGACAAACCCGCAACCAGACUCAUGUGGAAGUCUCAGUACGUCCCCUAUGACGGCAUCCCCUUCGUCAACACAGGCAGCAGAGCGAUUGUGAUGGAGUGUCAGUUUGGACCUCGCAGGAAAGGACUGCAGCCAAACAGGAACUGUGACCUCCCUGCAGACACAGCGUCAUACAGAGCUACCUGUCCUGCCAGGAUCUACAUAAAGAAAGUUCGUAAGUUUCCAGACUUCAAAGUUCCAACAGAGGAGACAGCAGACAGGAGGACAGUGAGACAGGAGCAAGAGAAGGCCUUUCAGAGUCUGAAGAACCAGAACCUGGAGACAGGAGGAGUCAUCAGAUUUUACCUGCAGCUCCCCACAGAGAGAGCUCACCUGUAUCACACUGUGGACACGCCCCCCAUCCCCCCACCUCCCCCUGACCUGUCCCCUCCCCCCACCCAGCCAGAGGAGGAAGAAGAAGAGGAGGCAGGAGAGCAGGACGGAGCCGCCCCGUCUCGUCUCCACCCUCGGGUGGCGGAGAGGAUCAGACAGCUGGUGGCUGCAGGUCAUCAUCAGGUCUACAACAUCCGCAAACAGCUCAGGCGUUUUGUGGAGAAGGAGCUGUUUAAAUGUGACGGUCUUCCAGAGAGACACAACCUCAGAUUCUUCCCCACCGUCAACGACAUCAAGAACCACAUUCACGAGUCCCAGAAGGCCCUGGGGCUGACGGCUGCCACCGCUGCAGAGUGGACAGAAGACAGUACUGACCCUCUGAUGGAGACCGUCACUCUGACACUGACUCCUGCUGCUGAAGGUGUGGACGGCACUGAGUCUUUGUCUCCUGAAGCUGUGCAGCUCUUUAGCUCUCUGUCGUCUCUGCAGCCGAGGAUCUUCGCUCAGCUGCAGGGAAUCCUGCAGCCGCUCCCCCCUCCUCCCCCUCUCCCUCUGUCCCCCUCCCUGCUGCCGGUCGUCAGCCCCUCCUCCUUCCUCCAGCCUGCUGUAGGAGAGUCAGAGGAGGAGCUCCAUGAGGGGCAGCAGCUCUGUGGAGGAGCCCAGCAGGAGGUGCAACUGCAGAUCAUCAACUCUCCUGACACCACUGAGGAUGCUCUGAUUGGUGGAAACGUGCUUCAGGUGGAGGUUAAGGAAGAAGAGGAGGAGAUGAAGAUGAAGGAGAUGGAGGACUUUACUGGUUCUUGUUGAACCCUCAGCACUUAUCCAGUAACUCAGUAUGUGACACCAGUUUUAACACCAGUUAUUCACAUUACUUCAACGUUCCCUCUGAGCCACUGACAGACUUUUACUGUGAAACAUCUGAGCUGAGAACCGGAGUUUUAUCGAUGGGACCUAACAACAAUGGAAAAAACAGUGAAGGUGACUGAUUUUGGAAAUGAUCAGUGAACGGAAACAGGACGUUCCCAGGAGGUUCUGGGUAAACUGCAGAAGGUGAAUAAGAGCAGUGUGCUUGGCCCACAUGGGGUCACACGGGACGACCUCCUGAUGUGGGACAUGAAAGGUGGAAAGUUGGCGGACCUGUUAAACUGUCUUAUGUUGUUGAAAACUUCUGGAAUGCUUGAAACAUGUGCAACAUGAAUCAGAGGCAUCUAGAACAUCAUGAGGACGUUCUCAAGACCGUCGACCUGGAGACAGACUGAGGUUACUCUGUUACAAAUGAAGGGUUGGUUCUCUGUGGAGGUCAAUAACCACCAUUAAUGUCUGUUUCUAUGGUCUAAUGAUUUCCCAGAGUCUACAGUAACUCUCUGUAGUGUGUGACAUCAUGUAAAUGCAAAAUUAUAGACCCUUCUGGUGUGGAUAUCACAAUGACAUCAUUUUAUUAUCUGGAGGUGCAGCUGCCUCUCCCCCACAGGGCUGUAGGCUACACAGGAGUCUUAAAAUGUGUUUGUCUUGUUGUGUUAUUGGGAGCCAGAAUA